UCUUUGUCAGCCUCAGGUCCAAGGCCUGGUCCUGUGGCAUAAAUCGUUGGGCUUCGGGAGACCUAACCCUACUCCGAAUCCCUGGGCCGGCACCCCCUCUUCUCUAUACCUCAGUUUCCCUAUCCGUAUGGUGAAAUUCGUCGCCUUGCUCAGGUCGCACUUACCUGGCAGUGCCGGGUUCCAAAGGUUAAAUUGUGAGGGGAGAUCCUAGCCUUCGGCCCUACCGCCUGCUGCCCCCGAUCCGACGGCCCAGACCCUAGAUCUCCGCCCUUGGAUCCAGCCCGUCCCUGGUGGGGGGUGCUUGGAACCGCGAGUUCCCCUCUUCCCUUGACGGGCUGAAGGUCGGUAUUUCGGGUGGCACCUGGGCCCCAUCAUCAACCCUCUUUUCUGGGGCCGGAACGAUCGUACCAGAGCCCACGUUUCCUAGCCGGCGGGGUGAGGAGGAGGCGGAGGCGAGAUCGCUCUCACCACUAGGAAAAGGAAGGGGUCGGGUUCUGCGCGCGGCAUUUUGGGAACGCAUGGUAUUCUGGGAGAGCGGAAUCCGCCAUUCGCUCGCCUCACGCCGUCGGAGUCGCCUGAGACACCGCAGCCGCGCGGGAAAGGAAGAGGAGACCGGAACCGAACUCUCUUCCUGCCAAGAUGUCUAUUGGUGUGCCGAUUAAAGUUCUACAUGAGGCGGAGGGUCACAUUGUGACGUGUGAGACAAACACUGGUGAGGUGUACCGUGGGAAGCUCAUUGAGGCGGAAGACAACAUGAACUGCCAGAUGUCCAACAUCACAGUCACAUACAGAGAUGGCCGAGUGGCACAGCUGGAGCAGGUAUACAUCCGUGGAAGCAAGAUCCGCUUUCUGAUUUUGCCUGACAUGCUGAAAAAUGCACCCAUGUUAAAGAGCAUGAAAAAUAAAAACCAAGGCUCAGGAGCUGGUCGGGGGAAAGCUGCUAUUCUGAAGGCCCAAGUGGCCGCAAGAGGAAGAGGACGUGGAAUGGGACGUGGAAACAUCUUCCAGAAGCGAAGAUAAAUUUAUCUGUUGAACAGAACUUUGCCCUUAUUUUUUCCUUUUAGGUAAUUUGGGUUUGGUGGGGUGCGUGCUUAUGUAUAUGGUAUAUGUUCUAGGUUUUCUUUUGACAUCUUCCUCUUGAGAUCAGGGGACAUGUUAAAAUAAAUAACUAUGGGUUUGUUUUAUUUUUCUUUUUGAUUAUGUGUUCAUU